AUGGUAACCUUCUGGUUACGGCAGGUUGCACUAUAACACCCGACAGCCGUUGCGUGCAGCUUGCGCCGCAUGGAUUGCUAUUUUCUGCAGAGUUUGGAGAAGAAGACCUGCAAGGGGUUUAGUGUAACAGUGCUGUACCCGGCCGAUUACAGCAUCGAUUGUCCAAGGCAGGGACAACGCGUCUCCCGGACACUCCACUUCAACCUCUAACCACCACAUACACAAUGGCAAACAGCAGCGAGAAUUCUCGCUCAAUCUACCCGAAAGCCCCGGAAUUCUCUCUCUCGACCUUCUCAGUGAGUUUGCCAUCAAUUACCUACAACAUCUUAGGGAUAUGCUAAUGAGGACUUCCAGAGCAAAGAUUUCAUAGUCAAGGACUUCAUAGAGGAGCUAACGGAAUCAAGCAUUCCUGUAAAUCGUCGUUCCGGGACUGGGAAUAGUAAUGGUUUGAAACUGCGCAGUGUCCUUUUUUUUUUUUUUUUGCUGGGCCGUAUGCUUACCAGAGAUAGCCUUCGACCCGAAACCGUAUAUUCGAAACUUUGAGGGAGCUCUUGGUCGGCUGAAGGAGCUUGACGAAAUCCUCUGCAUAAGGGAAUCCGAGCUCAAAGAAGGGGUUCGUCGGGCGGAGAUUGAUCACACCCGGACUCUCGACCGUCUUGGCCUCAAGUUUAAUUCUGCGCUUUCAGAAUUCCAGCGGUUGGAUACUAGCAUCACCGAUGGAGGGGGCAUGGCCAUCAGGAUCGGGGGGCAGCUGGAACAGCUUGACAAACAACGGCAGAGAGCAGAAGAUGCCAAGUUUCUGAUCCAGUGCUACACUGAAUUCAGCAGAGGUGAUAUGGGUCGACUGGAAAGCUUGCGAAGAACCGGGAGAAUUGAAGACAGCAUCCGAUGCGCGGUCGUCAGUCGACAAUUGAGCUUGGUGGUCAAACGAAGCCAGGGGCACAUGACAAACAAUCGUACAAAGGAACUUAUUGAGGCUUUCUCGGAGACACUGGAACAGGAUCUGCUAAAACAAUUUGAUGACGCCUAUAGAAAGUUCAACGUUAAUGCUAUGAAAGUAAGGUUCAGUGUCUUGAUAUCAAAUUUAGAUGUGCUAACAAUUUGUUCUCGGAAGGGUUGCGCCAAGGUUUUGCACGAUUUCAAUGGCGGGAAUUCCGUGAUUAGCAAUUUUCUCAAUCAGAUGGACUUCUUCAUCGCUACCGGGAAAAUUAACGCUGGGGAAGUUGUGAUCGACCCCAACAUGUAUGUGGCCAGCUUUCCGUCAGCUCAAAGUAGACCCCGCUGAUCCCACUUCAGCAAGGAAAGGCUCUCGGAUCCAGAUGAGGCACCUCCAGGUUUAGAACCAGGCUUGUUGGCCCUGGUAAAUGAGAUCGGGGACGUGAUGAAAGCGGAAUCUCAAACUAUCAAGGAGGUGUUCCCAUUCCCGGAGCAAGUUCUUGGGACUUUUCUUCAGCGCGUGUUUCAGCAAUCUCUACAGCAACGGCUCGAGAUGGUGUUGGAGAAGACUUCUACCCUUUCACAUCUAGCGUUUCUACGCACACUUCAGGCUGCACGAGCGUGCGUCACUACCCUUGCAGACAAUCUCAAGUCCCAUGGUCUAACCGAGCAUCCUGGAACUCUAUCAUCCACUACGACAGUGCUCAUAGAUCAGAAUGUUGAGGAGCUCUUUGUCCCAUAUCUGCAAGAUAGAGGAUAUAUGGAAAAAGAGAAGGAGAGUUUAGAGCAACUCUUUACUGGUUUACUAUUGAAGUUCAACAUGUUCCACGUUUGUCCACCGAAACGCUACAUCCACCAUUACUGAUUACGGGAUCUCGUAGGAACAACGGAAAAAGGAACAAAAUCUAGGAGUCCUGGAUCGACUGAAGAAAUCACGAGAGCGAGCCAUCGAAAAAGUUCUGGACAGUGACCUUGGAAAGUCUCAAAGCGACGCACUUAGUAGGAUAAUCGGAUUAGACCGCACCAAGUCUGGGAAAGGAAGCCACUUAUCAGAUGUUAUCCUCGCAGAUUCCGACGGCCAGCUCAAGGUUGAAUUUGCGAAGAGAAUGCUCAGAUGGCUUGCCGAGGGUGUUGGUAGGAGCUUGGAAUUGAGUGCACCAGCUGAUGCGUAAGUCACAUGGUAUCAGACAAGCCGCGCGGGGGUUUAUUGACUUGAUGUUAGACCAAAAGAUGUUUCCGCUUUACUGAACAUCUUGAUUGACCAUAUGCGGACCGCAUACCUCGAUACUGUCCUGGAUGCGUGAGUUUCGAGAAACAUGCCCCAUCAGGAGCCCCUGAUUAACUAGUGAGCUAUAGCGCGCAGGAAACCGCUGAGCAGCAAACGAAGGGCGAGCCAGAUCUAACAUACUUUCUAGAAAUUAAGCCAGCAACAACAAUCAUGCAUUUGAUGUUUUCGUUCGUCAACACCGCUUUAAUUCCGCUUUCCCAGACAUCUCUCACAACUCGGCGAGAGAUGGGCAAAUCGACCAAUACCGCCCUAAUGAGCUUGGAGCAGAAGAUCAACAAUAUAAUUCAAAGAACUGUCGAUGGUGUGUAUCCACAGAUACCGUACAAACGGCGGGUAGGGGAUUGACAUGGCAUUCAGUUGUUCUAGCCUAUAUCGUGGUUCUACUAGCAAAGCAGAAGAAGCAAGAUUUCAGACCGAAGGAUGACGAUGUCAGCCUAACGACUCUUCAAACACCGGUUAGUGCCAAUGGUCGCAAAGGUUAAAAGUAUCACUUACUAACAUUUAAAAGACCUGUUUAUCUGUUUGCGUAUUUCUCCAGAAAGUUGCGGAGAUCUCUAACGGGUCUCUAGAUGGCACGAACCUAGAAUCAUUCUUAAGUGAGAUAGGCUCUGGCUUUAGAGGCCUGCUGUUGGAGCACCUGAAAAAGUACCAGGUCAAUCAGGCUGGUGGCAUUAUGCUUUCAAAGGAUAUAGCAAAGUAUCAGGAUGUCGUCAACAAGUGGGGCGUAAUGACAAUCAACGAGAGCUUUGAGCUGCUUGUCGAGAUCGGAAAUCUCUUUGUCGUUGGGUAUUAUCUAUCCCUUUAAAAGCUCUGUUAUGAGGUCAUUUAUAUUGACUCGAUGCUUCAGACCUGCCGCCGUCAAAGAUCGUAUGAGAGAUGGGGUGCUUUCGCGCGUAAGACCGCAUUUUUUGAGGCCAUACCUACUGAGGAGGGACGAUUUUACUGCCGCGGGAAUCGAGAAAAUGGUAAGUUACAAUAUCUCUAAUUAUCUGUUCAUGGCUAACAUGGCCCAGCUCGUGAGCGAGUAGUUAUACGCAUACGAUUUGGCGUCAACGGUAUUAAAUAUAUACAAAACUUGGUUGUAAUAAACUUUGAUAAUGAUAAUCUCUACUUUACAC